AUGUGCAAAACCCUUAUGCAACACAUCGGCUGUCUGUUGAAAUCCCACGUUGGUCUCGUGCAGACCUACCGAGAGUUCGGCGACAUAUUCGUCGAAAUUGGUAACCACGAACCUCAGAUUUCCUCAGGCGAGGUGUUCCUGAAAUUCGGCGAUGCUCAUCGAAACAUGGAGAAACACGGAAUCCAACUGGUUAAGGUUCUACAGCCUAUGCUUGGCGACCUGCACACGUUUCUGUACAAAGCAGUUCCAGAUACGCGGUUGACUGUAAAGAAAUACUUGGAUGCAAAAUUCGAGUAUCUUUCGUACUGUUUGAAAAUCAAGGAAAUGGAUGACGAAGAAGCGCAGUGCAGCGCCAUGCAAGAGGCCUUAUACCGAGUUGAAACAGGAAAUUAUGAGUACAGGUUGAUACUUCGAUGUCGUCAAGAAGCAAGAAAGAGGUUUUCUAAGCUUAGAUCUGACGUUUUGGUGAAACUGGAGCUGCUUGAUCAAAAACGAGUGCGUGACAUCGCCUACCAACUACAGCUUUUCGUGAAUGCCAUAGCAAAGUUUCAUGUCGCCUGCAAGAACGUGCUACAGCCGACUCGAAACCUGUUCCCGAUCGAGGUUGAUAUUUCGCAGGUCGGGUACAAGUACAAUACCACUGGGCAACUGAUGGCGGACGGCGAGGAGGAUGGAGACCAAGAUGAGGGCGACGAAGCAACCAAUGAACUGUUGAACCUGAAUGACGACGUCUUGCCGUUGUCGCUUAAUGCUGUCACCGUCGCCGACGAUGGCGAUGACAAACUGCUCGAUUUGUAA